AUGGACACGGCUGCAUUACUCUUCCUAGCAGGCAUUGCAUCGGCCUUUCCUUCAUCCUUGGAUCCAAAUACACCUUCCUCCAUUAAGAUGACGUACAGUGGAGUAAUAGAUGCCGGAACUACUGGCACAAGGCUGAACAUAUAUGGAUUUCUUGAUGGGGAGAUUAGGCACCAAGGCCUAUUUACAAACGCAUCCGGGUUAGCAAAUGCAGAGAAUGAUGAAGAGAUUAGGAACUCAAUUAAGGAGUUAUUUACACAUGCAAAACCUUUCUACAGUAACAUCAAAAAGAUACCCAUUGGGUUCUAUGGAACAGCAGGGUUCAGGACACUGGAUAAGCCCCGUUCGGACCAUAUUCUAGAAAUUAUCAAAAACGAACUGAAAGACUAUAAUCUCAAAGAAGCCGAGGUGAUUAGUGGCUCUGACGAGGGAAAGCUUGCUCUUAUGGCGUUGGUUCUUUCUAAUAAAGGGGCCGAUAGCGGGCACAAGAGCAUGGGGAUCAUCGACAUGGGAGGAGGAAGCACACAAAUAUCUUUUCUAGAAAAAAAUGGAAAAAUAGUUUCAGAGUCUAUAGACCUCGGGAUCACCGCUCUUGGCUUGUCAGAGCCAGAGGAAUGCAAGGCCAGGGAAAAUAAUGAGCAAGAGCUGUGUGCCAGGGGCAUAAUGUCGAAGCUUGUAAAUAUGGCCGCAAUGCCUUCACUGAACAAUAUUGAUGAGCUAUAUUUACUUUCGUAUUUCCAUGACGAGUUCGGAAAAGUCAUUAGAAAUGAAAAGACAACCAUAAGGGAGAUCAAAGACAAGUUCUACGGGAAAUGUAGCUUGCUUGAAUCCAACGAGUGCAGAAGGCUGUUCUAUUUGAUUUCUUUUAUAAGGAAUCUUGGGAUAGAUGACUCAAAACCUAUCCGUCAGAUAGAUACAAACAAUGGAAUCAAUGUCUCUUGGGCAUCUGGUAAAGGAUAUGAGCUUAACAAAAAAUAUAACUAG